GGCCAGGAGGAGGACGGCCGGUGGGCGCAGGAGGGCGACGGCAAGACCGUGACCUGCUGCCUCUUCACGGAGCGGGGCUUGGACGGCGCGUCCUGCGGGCCCCGGGAGGCGCCCGCCCGCGAGGGGCGCUCCCGGCUGUCGCUGCUGGAGCAGGAGCUGAAGGCCGUCACCUACUCGCUCCUGAAGCGCCUCAAGGAGCGCUCCCUCGACAGCCUGCUGGAGGCCGUCGAGUCCCGCGGAGGGAUGCCCAGCGGCUGCGUCCUCGUCUCCCGCGCCGAGCUGGAGGUGCGGCUCGGCGGCCAGGCGCUGGAAAUGUUAGCUUAA